AGCCAUUGGCUCACAAUAUCGACCGUCCCAUCACACCGGCAAGAUGGGCAUCUUCGACUAUGUCUCCGACCUCUAUGCGGCCAUGACCGUGCAGGAGGCCUACGCCGAGGAGCCGCAAAAAGACGAAGACUCCGAAAGCGGCGAGGAGAAGGAGGAAAGCAGUGAAGCUGAAGGCGAGGAGUCCUCCGAAGGUGGUGAUGAAGAGGGCGGCGAUGAGGGCGGAGAUGACGAGGAGGAAGAGGAAGAAGAAGAGGAAGAGGAGGAGGAGGAGCCAGAGGAUAUCAAGCCAAAGCUUGAGGAGGAAUGCCUGAAGACUGCGCAGUGCGCGCCAUUGAAGCAUCACUACGAUGAGUGCGCUGAGCGCGUAAAGCACCAGGAGGAGCAAUACGGCAAGCCUUCGGAGGACUGCGUUGAAGAGUUCUUCCAUAUGAUGCACUGUGCGACUCAGUGUGCUGCGCCGAAGCUCUUCAAGCAGCUCCGAUAGAAUUGCUUAUACCAGCUUCACCUCGAUCUGCCUGUCUUACUCGAUGUUUAGAGCUGAGGGAGGCACGGCUCAGUCAAGCCAAUUCGCGUGGAGAUAGACCGCAUGCGACCGAAUUAGACCAGACCAGACUCGCCUGUAUAGCAAUCUCAAGAUACAUUGUACCAUGCCGCA